GAUGAGUAAUGCAUAAAGUUUAGGGCUGAAGUACUCACACAACCUUUAUUCGUAUCUAGAUACAAUGAGCAGAAACAUGGAGCAUCCGCUUUCCCUCAAACUAAGUUCUUUGAGCGUCAUAUCUCAAUGCAAAUUAGAACGAAUACUGUCGCUUUGUGGCGAUAAAAAGGACUUAAUUAUUGAUGCCGUACUAAUAAAGCCCCUGGAAAGAAUUUGUGGCGUUAGCUGGCUACGACAACAUGGAAUUGACAAAAUCUACAAAAUGGACCCCCAGUUGGGUCCCACGGCAAACACAAACAGAGUAUACUUCAUCCCAUCCUGCAUCCAGAAGUACAAGUGUGUCCUUGACCAGAUAUCUUCCAUACUCAGCCAAAACUCCUCCCUAGCCGACCAGAACUGCUUUCACAUUAUAAUAGUACCAAAAGUAGUAUGCUCAUAUGAUUCUCUACUAGAAAGCAGAGGUCUAUACGGUGUAGUCAAACUACACCCAUUUACCUGGGAACUAAUGGCCUUAGAUGAACAGCUGCUAAGCUUAGAACUGCCUUUUUUAUUCAAGCAGUUAUUUGUUGAGCAAAAUCAUUCCUUAUUGUCAAGCAUUUCCAUGUCAUUGUGGAGUUUAUUCCAUGUCAUAGGCCGGCCUAAGGCUAUUUUUUCAGUUGGGAAACUGUCAGCAAGUGUUUUGGAUAUGCUUGAGGUUUAUAAUGAAACAUAUGCAAGGGAUUUCUUGACGGAAGAAAGUUCAAAUGAAAUUGGUGCAUUGAUAGUUAUUGAUAGAAGCCAGGAUUAUGCCUCUAGUCUUCUCACGCCUGCUACAUACAGUGGACUGCUGAGUGAAAUUUUUAGAAUUACUUGUGGACAUUUGGAGCUAAAUGUUAAGGACACUAAGAUAAAGAAAGGAAAGCUGAAUUUUGACUUUGAAGAAGAUAAAACGGUAGCAAAAAAUACAAUUAUGAUUUUAGAUAGUUCAAUAGAUUGCCUAUAUGGAGAGAUAAAACACAGACAUUUCUCGGAAGUACUAAGUGUUCUUAGCUCAAAAGCUAAACUGCUGAAAAAUGAAGAUAUUAAAGCAUUGGGAAUACAAGAAAUUAAGCAUUUUGUAGCCACAAAAUUGCAACAAGUCACGCUUUUUAAGCAAAGUCUAGUCAACCAUGUACUAGCCUGUGAAACCAUAAUUUCAGAAAUGAGCAAUAAGUUUGAGAACCUCAAGGUGACGGAGACGGAUAUGCUUAAUAACAAAAAUAAGAAAUCAAACUUCACAUUUGUCGAUGAGAAUUUUGGCACAGACAUACACAUCUACAACAGCUUACGGCUUAUGUGUUUACUAAGUUUGACACAAGGACUGUCCUAUGACGAAUAUAAUUCACUAGUAAACAAGUAUUUACUAGCUUUCGGAUACAAUUUCUUAUAUGUAUUUAACAAUUUGAUCAACGCGGGAUUGCUGAUUCAACCAUCAACAUUAAAGUUGUCCCUUAACAUAUCUAAUCUUGGGAAUUUAAGUGACAGAUUACCAAAAUGGCAGAAUAGUUUCCAAACUACAGCUAACAAACUUAGAAUGCUUCCCCCAGAGGACUCCAGUAAAUCAUCACCAGGUUACGUUUUUAAUGGAGGCUACAUACCCUUGAUAGCAACACUUUGCAAUACUGUAUUGACGUCUGAUUCCUUGCUAGACGUUUUAACUAAACUAUCCGCAUUACCAGAUUUAAAAGUUGGUGGAAAAAUAGUAGAAAGUUUUAAAGUUGGGAUAGAAACUUUUAACGAGAAAAUAGACAACUUAAAACCCCAAAGCGACCUAGAUUUCGGUUGCAAAGAUGCGAAAAACUUAGUUAAAUUACUUAAAAAUGACACUAGAAUAGGUGGGUUCCCGCUCAAGCCUAAAAGUGUGUUAGUAUAUGUAGUUGGGGGUGUGAACUAUGCUGAAAUUGCGGCGUGUGAUGUCGUACAAACUGCCACGGGCAGCAAGGUAUAUGUGGCAAGCGACUGUAUAGCUAACGGGGGUGAUCUUAUGGCGGCUAACACUUGAGGUCACUGUAUA